AUGUCAACCUCAAACGCUUCAGACUUCCGAAAUAUAGAAGACGAUGAUUGUCAAGAUGCCGCGUCGUGGAUGGAUUCAGAUGCGUCACGUCUUCGGGAGAAGCAGUUUCUAUUAUCUUGUGAGCGAGGAGAUAUCGGAAGUGUCCGGAAACUGUUGGCUGGAAUUUCAACCGAGAAUUUUAAUAUCAAUUGUUUGGAUCCGUUGGGAAGAAAUGCUCUUCUUAUCGCCAUUGAAAACGAGAACAUUGAGAUGAUCGAGUUACUGCUGGACCACAAUAUUGAGACAGGCGACGCUAUUCUUUACGCAAUUGGAGAGGAGAACGUUGAAGCGGUGGAGAUAAUUGUGGAGCAUUUGGAGAAAAUGGACAAGUUUGAUGCGGAGCGACAAGGUGUGGAGAUUACAGAACACUCCGCUUUCACCCCUGACAUUACUCCAAUCGUGUUAGCCGCUCAUAAAGACAAUUACGAGUGUAUUAAGCUAUUUCUGGACAAGAAGGGCACAGUACCCCAUCCACACGACGUCAGAUGUAGUUGUCCCGAGUGCUACGUGGCAAGAGAAGAAGACUCGUUGAGAUUAUCCAGGUCGAGAAUCAAUGCAUAUCGAGCGUUGACGAGUCCAUCAUUGAUUUGUCUAUCUGCAAGAGAUCCGAUUUUAUAUGCGUUUGAAUUGAGUUGGGAGUUGAAGAGGCUUUCGUUCAUUGAGAAUGAAUUUCGAACUGACUAUGAGGAACUCUCCCAAAAAUGUCAAAAAUUCUGUGUCCACAUGCUGGACCAAGUACGAGGAUCCAAAGAGCUAGAAGUGGUCCUGAACCAUACAACCAAUGCCUGGCAUGAUGUGACAUCCGCCAACUAUGGAAACCCUGAGAAGCUAGCUCGUCUGAAGCUAGCGAUUCAACUAUCCCAGAAAAGAUUCGUGGCCCAUCCCAACUGCCAACAACUGCUUCUAGACAUUUGGUAUGAAGGUGUCGAGUCGGUGAGGUGCACUAAUUUUAUAUACAAGCUAAUUUUCUACCUAUUGGGAAUGAUGAGUUUCCCAUUAUUCUCCUUGGUCUACCUUCUGGCUCCUCACUCUUCAAUGGGACAGUUUGCCAAAAAACCAUUCAUCAAGUUUUUAUCACAUUCUGGGAGCUAUAUUUUUUUCUUAAUACUUCUUAUCAUGGCUAGCCAACGGAUGAACGUCAUCGAUAAUCUGCUUCGGACCGAUGAUGUGGAUCGGAAGGAGACGCGUGGACCACCGCCUACAGUAAUAGAAUGUGCCAUAUUUUUAUGGGUGCUAGGACUAAUCUGGGUGGAAAUCAAGCAACUCUGGGAGUGCGGUCUCUAUAAUUACUGUCGUAAUUUAUGGAAUAUUCUGGAUUUUAUCACGAAUUCUCUGUAUUUAUGUACAACGGCGCUGCGAGUGGUCUCCUAUGUGCAGGUAGAGAAAGAAGCACUACAAGCGAAUUCCGUUCACAUCGCACGUCAUCUGCCACGGCGAGACUGGGACGCCUGGGAUCCGACACUUCUCUCUGAAUGCUUUUUCGCAACUGCAAAUAUUUUUUCGUCAUUGAAACUGGUUCAUAUCUUCACCGUUAGUCCACACUUGGGACCACUGAAAAUAUCGUUAGGUGAGUGGUUUGGCGGGAAAUUCAAAAAAUUUGAAAAUUCUGAAAUUUCAGGUCGAAUGGUAAUUGACAUUGUAAAAUUUUUCAUGGUCUACGCGUUGGUCCUAUUUGCAUUUGCCUGUGGUUUGAAUCAGUUGUUAUGGUACUACGCAUCGAUGCGACAAAACGAGUGCAAUCUGUAUGAGCAAUACAAAAAUGAGAAAUCGUUGAGCUAUAAAUAUGAGCACUUGAAAGAGUCGUGUGAUGAUAAAUACAAAUCUUGUUCGAGCAUCUACCACACUGCUGAAACUCUGUUCUGGGCACUAUUUGGCUUAGUGGAUUUGACCCAUUUUCGUCUAAAAGAAGACCAUUUUUUGUCCGAAUGGACGGGGAAAACGAUAUUUGGAAGUUAUUGUUGUUGUUCAAUUAUAGUUCUAUUAAAUAUGCUAAUUGCUAUGAUGAGCAAUUCAUAUCAAUACAUUUCGGAUCAGGCUGAUAUCGAAUGGAAAUUCGCCAGGAGUCGAUUGUUUUUGGGUUUGACUGAAGUUCCAGAUUUUUUAAUUUUUCAAUUUUCAGAAUACUUCGAUGACACUGCCACUCUACCACCUCCUUUUAACAUUGUCCCAUCUCCAAAAUCGAUAUAUUACUGCUUGAACUAUCUGACAAAAAAGCUGUGUAACUGCACAAAACUACAACAGCCUAGCAAGCAGAAAAGCAUGAGGAAUCAAAAAAUUCUGCGAUCGGUGAACGAUAGAGAGAACAAUUAUCGGUUUGUGACCCGAAACUUGGUCCAACGCUACAUUGCUCAGAUGCAACGAAUGAAGCAACAAAGCGAAGGUGUCUCAGAGGAUGAUGUCAAUGAAAUUAAGCAGGACAUCAGCGCGUUUCGCUACGAACUUCUUGGAAUCCUUCGAAACGCUGGCUACCAGACAGGUCAUACCGAUAUCAAUCAGAAGACGUCGUCUCGAAACAAGAAAAAAACCGCGAUGGCGGAACGUCGUCUCAAAAAUUCGGCUCUUCUCCACCAAGAGUUUCCAGUACCUCAAAUGUUUCAGUCUGGUCAAAGGAAUAUGAGUAUAUCCUCUAUACAUUCCAAUGGCAGAUUAAAACUUUCAUUCCUCCCGAGCACCUCAAAACUGAGCUGGAACAACCUAAAAGUCAAAGCCUCCCGUCUUUCGAAAUCCAAAUCAAUCGAUACUACACAUCUAGAUGUGACCCGGUUACAAGCCUUAAGCAAAAAGUCUCCGCUUCAAAAGCAAGCACAUACCAGUUUCGAAACGUCCAGUUUGAAUGAUGAUACUGAUGAAUUGUUGUGA